AUGAUCAAGUGUUGGUUUCCCAACCGUAGCAAGCGAAACGCCGCGGGGAACACCCAUUGCAACGUUUUGGGAACCUCGCCCUCAAUAAUGGCGUCUACGGACCUCCCAAUAACCACCGCUAUCGAUUACGCCGAGCGCAUUCACCAAGUUCACAGCGAUGCUUCCUCCUCAAGGUCGAAGAAAGAGUCCGGCUAUGUCUCUAAAAUAUCAGAGCUCACAGGAAUCGUCUCUGCGACGCGUGAAGCAUUCAUCCAACGUGUGGAUUCCGAGGACUCUGCCCCAGAAAACUCGGAAUUCAAGCUACCAACCAGGAGGUCUUUGUUCAUCGUCAUCGGAGGGAACGCUCUCUUUCAGCUGUCUUUCUUCGUUAUCGUGUCGUCUGCUAGCUUAUACGCCGAAAUGUUGGGAGGAUCAGCAACUUUCUCGGGGCUCACAAUCGGUAUCCCGACCGUUUGCUCUGGAUUUGCCCUGAUCUUCAUAACGAGAUUAGACGGAGGUCAGUACAACAUGGCCAUGAACCUCUCCUAUGUCGCCAUGGUCCUCGGCAACAUCCUAUACGCCCUCGCCUACCAGGCCCAUUUCCUCUACCUCAUCCUCAUCGGCCGAAUGGUCUCAGGCUUCGGCUUUAUCUCCUUCCUCUACUCCAAGCGGUACUGCUCUGACCCACGCAUUGUGGGCACCCGCAGGCGCACGACACUCGCGAGCUGGCUUGUCGUGGGACAGGGCUUCGGGUUCACGGCAGGCCCAUUCCUAGGCGGGGUGCUGUACAAGAUCGGCUUCCCUAACCCGAUCUUCAACGGCGUGACGAGCCCUGGAUGGAUCAUGGCCCUCGUCUGGGUCAUGUUCUGGGGGUUGCAUAACCUCAUUUUCAAGGACGUCGACCCACGUCCCCUUGAACGACCUAUCGAAAUGACUGCCGGUCAGGAGCCUGCACCGUGCCCGCAUCACCAUAUCAGCCCGGCGCAAUGGGGUGUCAUCGUGUGUAUGUGCUAUUAUUCGAUGACGUGCUUCUUCAUCCUCGGCAGCUGGGAAGCCAACAUCCCUGUUUUCACCUCUGAGACGAUGGGCUACUCGCCGUACAAGGCCGGAAACUUCAUUGCCCUUGGUGGGCUCUGCUCCUUCCCCUUCCUGCUCCUCAACGUCUGGCAGGCGCGGCGGAUCCAAGACCGUGUCACCCUCGCCGCAGGCACCUCCAUGGGCUUCCUAGGCCUGCUCCUCAUGCUCGUGCUACUCGUCACAUCGAAGGUUACCUUCGGGUCGCUCUUUGUGUGCUGGUUCCUCAUCGCCUUGGGGUUCAACCUCGCCAGCACAUGUACGCUGAGCUUACUCUCGAAGCAGCUUCCUGACGAGUGGAACGGGCGGGUGAGCAUGGCCAUCCAGUACAGCAAUUACACGGGACGGGUUACGGGUGCGGUCCUUGGAGGUGCAGGUGUGAAAAUGGGUAUGGUGAACUACAUCGGAGUCCAGAUGGCAGUCGUCGGUCUGGGAGGAGUGAUGUACCUGACGUUGUGGAGGCAACUGAAAGCGAAAACUGGGUGA